CUGGAAAGACAACUAGUGAUGCAGAACCAGAUGAGAGAAAGACAAACAGCUAUGCAGAUUGCUUGGACACGAGAAUUUCUCAAAUAUUUUGGGACAUUUUUUGGACUUGCUGCUGCAGGUUUAACAGCUGGAGCAAUAAGAAAGAAGAACCCAAGCAUUUUACUACCCAUAGUUCCUUUAAGCUUUAUAUUAGCCUAUCAAUAUGAUAUGGGCUAUGGAACAUUGUUGCAAAGGAUGAAAGGUGAAGCAGAGAAUAUAUUGGACACACAAAGUACUUUGCUAGAGUUGCCAAAAGGAUCACUCACUUAUGAAGACCUGGAAAAAAUCAGAAGAUCUCAGAGCAAGUUCUUCAUAGAAAAAUAA